AUGAAUUUAUACAACCAGGACGAUUCAUCAGGUAUUUCAAGUUGUUGUACGGGUUCUGAACACCAAACAUCAACACAUCGAGUACAUUCACCGUUUAUACCGCGGCAUGACGACGAAGUGUUGAACAAAUACUUAUCGUUUUUUCUUCUUAUAUUAGGUACUAAUCUUAGAACGGGACAACAAGGAAUUUUUCCGGUUGCACAUGUCUGUGAAAUUGAUUUUCCCUACGACACUGUUUAUCAAUUAUCAUCGUCAAAUUUACCAAUUUUUCAACGUGACACAUUUUACUUAACCAUGUUAGCUUCUAUCGAAGUGGCUCAUCACAAAGGAAACGAUGUUCUUGUACAGGCCAUGAAUAAAGUGCUAAGUUUAUACAAAAAUAAAGAAGAAUUUGUUGUUCCGGUCACCGUUGUUAUGGAAAUCUCAUUUCGAGGUAUACAUAUCAUCGAUAAAAGUAAAAAAAAUAUAUUUCAAUGCCCGAACUUUGAUUUUUUUUACAGUUUACAAAAUAUAUCAUUUUGUGGAGCACAUCCUAAACAGCUAAGGUACUUUGGUUUUAUUACAAAACAUCCGAUUCUUCCAAGGUUUGCAUGUCAUGUUUUCUUAUCCAGUAAAUCCACACAAGUUAUUGUUGAGGCAAUCGGCUUU